AUGUCGCAAGGAAAUAAACCACACUACGAUAUAAACGAGGCUCCUGCCUUGUUUGAGAAAUUCAUCAAGGACUUCGACAAAACUUACAAGGACGCAGAAGAUAGAGAAAUUCAUUAUCAGGCUUUUGUACAAUCGUUGAAGGACAUCAACAGACUUAAUGCGGAGCAACCUGAUACUACAUAUGAUAUCAACCAAUUUGCCGAUUAUACAGAAGCUGACCAACAAUGCAUGCGUGGACUGAGAUUGCCAGAAGAUGAAUAG